AUGAUGCCCGACGAUUUCGCCAUGACGGACACAGCGAUGGCCGCCCCACAAUCUUCACACUCCCACUCCACACAGGCUCCCAAAUUAAAGCAGCCUUCCUACUUAAUCGCCUAUCUCCAAAAGUCCGAACUAUUCUCAAAUACAACGGAUAACAGGAAGAACAAAGAAAACAGCAACAACGAUACACCCAAGAUUGUUUCAAAGUCCAACGGAUCUAGUCUACACAGCAGUCGAGGUUCGCUACAUGACCGUCACCACGAAGACGAAGACGAAGACGAGAAAGACGAUGAAAACGAAGACGAGAAAGACCACUACGAAGAAAUCACCGAAUCAGCACGGUCUGCUAGGAAUUCAUUGCUAGUAGAACAAUUCUGGGCGAAUACGCAGUUACACCUAGCGCAUGAUUCCUCGGAUGAUGCGGCUGACGACGAAGAAGGACUUGAAGACGACGACGAUGAUGGUUACGAUGAUUUCGAUUCGGAUUCUUAUCAGGACCCCGACGAAUUGACGAAUUUACCGUAUAAAUCACCGGCGGUAUACCAGCUCCCCGGAUCCGGGAAUGGGAAUAAGUUUAGAACGCUGGUGAGGAAUGGACCUGUUGGAAGUGCAGAGGGCGAAGCUCAGAGGUUUGUGGUUAUCAAGAGGAGGAGUUUUAGAGGUGCUGGACUGUAUCCUGAGGAAAUGGUUGAUGUGGAUGUGGAGAUGGGUGGGUGUGUGGUUUUGGGAGAUGAAGAAAAUAAUAAUGAUAAUCGUAAUCGUAAUAAUGUGAAAGGAGGGAAGGAUGAGGAUGGGGAUGAAGAUGAAGAUGAAGAUGAGAGAUUGGAAGGGGAAGUUGAAGUAAUGUGGUCUGAAGAUGGAGAAGAGUUUUGGCUGGUUAGGGACCCGGCUGAGAACGGUGGGAUUGGGAAGGAGACUAGUUGGGUUUCCAAGGAGUGGUUUAUUCUGAGGAGGAAGAUGAUGGGGAAGGGCCAGGCUGGACGAGGAGGAGAAGGAGAGAAGCAGAGAGUUGAAUUGAGGGUCCCGAUGGAGACGGAUUAA